AUGGCGGCGCUGAAGGAGGCUCGGAACUACGGGCUGUCGUGCGGGCGGCUGGGCGACGGCAGCCGCGUGUCGGUGUUUCACGUGAAGCUCACCGACAGCGCUCUGAGGGCUUUCGAGAGCUAUCAGGCCAGCCAGGACUCCAUCUCACUGAGGCCAUCGAUCCGCUUCCAGGGAAACCAGGGGCACAUCUGCGUCCCUCAGCCCGACUGCCCGUCUGAGGCCCGAACCUUCUCCUUUUACCUCUCCAACAUUGGCCGCGACAGCCCGCAGGGCAGCUUCGACUGUGUGCAGCAAUACCAGUCCAGCCACGGGAAUGUCCACCUAGACUGCCUGGGCAGCAUCCAGGACAAGAUUACAGUGUGUGCCACCGAUGACUCCUACCAGAAGGCACGGCAAAGCCUGGCACAGGCCGAGGAGGAGACUCGGAGCCGCAGUGCCAUCGUCAUCAAGCCUGGGGGCCGAUACCUGGGCAAAAAGGUUCAUUUCCGGAAGCCUGCCCCAGGGGCCACAGAUGCUGUGCCCUCCCGGAAGCGGGCCACCCCCAUCAAUCCAGCCAGCGCCCUCAAAAAGAGCAAUGCUGGGAGCGCUGGCGGAGGGGUGUCCCAGCGGCCCUUCCGUGACCGGGUGCUGCACCUCCUGGCACUCAGGCCCUACAGGAAGGCCGAGCUGCUGCUGCGGCUGCAGAGGGAUGGCCUGGCGCAGCCGGACAAGGACUCCCUGGAUGGCCUCCUCCAGCAGGUAGCCAACACGAACACCAAGGAUGGCACGUGCACACUCAAGGACGCCAUGUACAAGGACGUGCAGCGGGACUGGCCCGGCUACUCGGAGGGUGACCGGCAACUGCUCCAGCGCAUGCUCGUCAGGAAGCUGUGCCAACCACAGGGCACCAGUACCUUUCCCGGGGAUCCUGCCGCCAGCCCUCCAGGGGAGCAUGGGAAUGCCACCUCAUUGCCACAGAAGCGGCCACAGCUCCCUGAUUUCAUCGACCCCCUCUCAAACAAGAAGCCCCGGAUCUCACACUUUGCCCAACGCAGUCAGCCUACCGUCAAUGGGAAAUUGAGCACCCCUCAUGACCGCCACACCCCGCUUCUCCCACUGCCCGAGCCCCCACGGCCCCACGAUCCACUGGCCGAUGUCAGUAACGACUUAGGCCAUAGUGGCCGAGAUCCAGAACCCCCUGAGACAAGUGGCCCAGGUCCCACCGAGCGCCUACACCCACCCUCAUCCCCGGACUGCACCCGGCCCAGCAGGCCCCACAGCAAAGCCAAGAAGAAGUCCAAGAAGCAUCGGGAUAAGGAGCGGGGCCCCCAGGACCAGCAGCAGGGUUCACAGCCUGAUGGGGAACCUGCAGAGAGCUCAGGAAGCACCCUCGGAGCCUCACCGGAAGCCCCAGGGUUGAACGGUACUUGUCACAGUACCAGUGUCCCCACCUCAACCUCGGACACACCUGACUACUUUCUGAAGUACGCAGCCAUCUCCUCCUCAGAGCAGCGGCAGAGCUACAAGAAUGACUUCAAUGCUGAGUACAGCGAGUACCGAGACCUGCACGCCCGCAUCGAACGAAUCACCCGGCGCUUCACGCAGCUUGACGCCCAGCUCCGGCAGCUCUCCCAGGGCUCUGCGGAAUACGAGACCACACGUGGACAAAUUUUGCAGGAGUAUCGAAAAAUCAAAAAGACCAACACCAACUAUAGCCAAGAGAAGCAGCGGUGUGAGUACCUCCACAGCAAGCUGGCCCACAUCAAGCGGCUCAUCGCUGAGUAUGACCAGCGGCAGUUGCCCGCCUGGCACUAG